GCCAGAGCCUGAAAGUAUUUACACUAAGUAUAAACGGUAAGCAUAAAUAGUGUUAUGAUACAUUUAUAUUUACACAGUUAACAGCUCAGUGUAUUGAAGUACAUUAUAGAAGAGAAAUAAUAACAUAUUCAGUGUAUGUUUAUUAAAAUCAUAAAUGGAUGCUGCCUUACUGGGACCUUACUUGUCGCUAUCCCUAAAGCCUAAUCCCUACACCUAACCCUACUUAACCAUAACCAUACUGAACUUGCUGAUCAGUAAAGGUGUUCUUGAAGGUCCAGGAAGGGAGCCACGGUUUUGAGAUUGGUAACAAUAUGAGCUACACUUGUUGUAGUCGAUGUGCCAGCCCGUCCGAGGACACCACAUUCAGUUUCAAUUAUAGGCAUUUUAAAUACCCAUUAAACACUUUAUUUCCAUUAUGUACUCAUAUUAAACACCAUUGGUACCGAGACUCGAAUCCACGAGCUUUUGGUUACUUUUGGUUAAGUCUGACUCUCUAACCAUGCUACCUAAACUGCCUUUGCUAACAAUACAGAUUAUUUGCAUUUUGUGGAAAUAGACACUUGGAAUUUCUGUCCACAUUUUCCUAUUCAAAAUGGAUCGGUUAAAUUAAACUUAAGUACCCUUACAAAGGGUACACUGACUGCAGCCUUGUGCACUUAUGUUGAUACACAAGCACAAUGCUAAAAAUGUGUUUGUAUUUGUUUGUCAUGCUGCAAAAGCAUUCUGAGUGAAAAAUGCCUCCCCCUGAUGAGUGCCACCACAACCCAAAUGAAGAUGAUGUGAAUUCUCCUACCAGUCCAUUGAACCUCCUGGAUCAGAACUACCAGGAGCUGCACCAGAACUCUCUCACUGAAAACACACUAUACAAUGAUGAGUUGUUCCCUCCAGACAACAGCUCCAUUGGCUUGUUUGAUGAUCUGCCGCCUGAGGUGGACAUGUCUCAAGUUGUGUGGAAGCGGCCAUCCGAAUUGGUGUCAGACCCUAAUUUAAUUGUAGAUGAUGUUUCAAGGUUUGACUAUGCACAGGGAAAUGUAUUAGGAAACUGUUGGUUCUUGGCUGCAAUUGGAGCUCUAACUUUUGAGAAGGAUAUCAUAAAACAGGUCAUGCCAGCUGAACAGUCAUUCACCAAGGAUUAUGCUGGGAUAUUUCACUUCAGGUUCUGGCGAUUUGGGAAAUGGAUUGAUGUUGUUAUUGAUGACCAACUUCCAACUAUUGAUGAUGAACUACUUUUUGUGUGUUCAAAAACGUCCAAUGAGUUUUGGCCUGCUUUACUGGAGAAAGCAUAUGCAAAGGUGUGCGGGUCCUAUGCUGACUUGCACGCCGGUUUCAUAUCAGAGGCCCUGAUGGACUUCACUGGUGGGACGCAUAUGUAUUAUACACUGAAUACAGCUCCUGCUGAUUUGUGGAAAAUCAUGGAAUGUGCAUUCAAGUCGAAAACCCUUAUGGGCUGCGGCUCUAAUACAGUGACAACCCCUGAAGAAAAUGAGUUACUUCAUGGCAUAAUUACGGAGCAUGCUUACACUGUGACAGGGGUUUUUGAGGUGAUGAGUGACGAAAAUCCAGUCCAGCUAGUGAGACUGUUAAACCCAUGGGGCGAAGAAGAGUGGCGAGGAGAUUGGAGUGAUGGAUCACCUUUGUGGGACACAGUUUGUGAGGAAGUCCGCAAAAUUUGCCAUGACGUUUUAAAUAACGGGGAGUUCUGGAUGUCAAUGGAAGACUUUACCAAAAUUUUUGAAAACAUAGACAUAUGUUGUCUCUGUCCUGAUUUUCUGGAUGGUUCUGCUGAAUGUCACUGGACGUCAAAACGACAUUUUGGCAGAUGGAAUGCUGGGACUACAGCAGGUGGUGACAUAGUUAAGACAGAGACUUUCUGGACAAACUCUCAGUUUCGGGUGAAAAUUGAUGAGCUUAAUGAAGAAUGUGCUAGUGGCCAGCGCCCUGAAAAUAUACUGGUGUCCCUCAUGCAGAACCAUGAGAAGAGACACAGAAAUAGCCAAGAUAAUUUUAAUAUUGGCUUCUAUGUUUUUGAGAUACCAAUUGAGAUGAGAAGUGAAAGUGGGAGGUUUUCAUCUGAAUUCUUCAUUGACAGAGAGCCUGUGGCACAGACUGAUGAGUUAGUAUGGUUCAGAGAGGUGAUGAAAUUCUUCAGGCUGGAGCCGGGAGAGUAUCUGAUUGUACCGUGCACAGAGAAUCUUGGUGAAACGGCCUCCUUCGUCCUGUCUGUUUUCUCAAAGAAUGAGACACACUUAGAACAUAUUCAAGAAACUCCUGAGUAGAAUGGAGACAUUCUUGAUGAGGGUGUGGCAUACCCUUUGUUACUUGUCACAUGAAUAGGAAUCAGUAUGUUCUGCUUUUACUUUUUGUACUUUAAUUUUUCCUUGUCAAUAGUUAAAAAAAAUAAUAUCCAGAAAUGUAUUUGUUUUUAUUCAUUAUUCUGUUCUAUUUGAGAGUUUUACCUUUAUUUGUACCUUUAACUGUUUUUGGGUUGUAAAGCAAAUGUGUCAUCUUUUGGGAGGGUGACUACAGUAUUGCUAGUUUUAAUUAAUUAACUGGUUUGUAUUCAGAAUUGAUCAGUUAUGUUAGAUGGCAUACAUUAUUAGAUGCCAUACAAGAUGGAAAAAAAAUAUUUUAUUUUUUCUACUAAAUAUUGUAAUCCUGUCAGAUUAUCUCUUGAAGUGAAAAGCUGUAAAAACAGAUGAAUGAAAGUGUGGCAUUAUAUCAAUUCUUUGCAUUAAUUCCAAAUAAUUUAUACUGCUGCAGACAGCGCAAAUAAAGCUCCCAUAUAUGCAUGAAAAGCUCCCAUAUAUUUCUUUAAUAUUGUUCUUCAAAGAAACAGGAUAUUGCUGGCACAAGAAUAAUCAGUAAGCUUUUAACAAUUAAUUGGCAGCUUCUUUCUGGACGUGGUGACAGAAUUCUAAUUGAAUGAAUCCAAAUAAGCAAAAAAUAUAAAGCUAAGACCUCGAUCUAGCAUCCAGAUUUUCUUAGAGUGACACAACAAGGCAAAUGUAUUGUAAGUAUUGGCCAUCUGUUUAGGGAAGCCACAUGAAUUCAGAGGAUCAUAUGUCUGUUUUAAAAAUGUGUCAAUGAAGCUUAAGAGUUUCUUAAGAUCAACCAGUAGCACAUGGCGCUCACAAUUUUAAUGUUAUGGGUUUGAUUCAGGGAAUGCAUGAAUUUAUGAAAUGUAUACCUAGAUUGCAAUACAAGUCACUUUGGAUUAAAGUGUCUUUCAAAUAUGCAA